UGGCGGAGUGAGUGAAAGUCCGGAAGCGAAGCGAGAAAGAAUAAAGACGACAAGGAGCCCAUCUGCGUCUCCCUUUUUUCGAUUUCUGGGUAUCUCCGACCGCAGUUUGCUCAAUCCAAUUCGAAGGCAGGAACCCUUUUCGCCUUGCGUAUUUGCGACUUCAAUUGCGGAUUUAAUUUUCUGUAACUCUCUCUCUACUUUCUCUCUCCUGUUUUCUGUGUUGUCUGUUUGAGUAGAAUUGCAUGAAUGUGUGUUGGUUUGUAUUAUUGUUAAUUGUGUGUGUUUUAUGGAUAGUUUUUGAGAUCUGGUGCACCUGGGUUUCUUUGGAAUUAGGCAGCUAUUGGAAAAAUUGGGGGAAAAUGUUACAGAAAUUGUAAAAAUUGGGAAUUUUUAUUUCUCUAUUGUGAUUGAAGGUUUCACUGAUGGGUUUGUGUGAAAUUGGUUUUCUGUUUCCAAUUUGAAAGUGGGGUUCUUCAAUUUCUGUUUUUUCCCUGUUGUUUAUCUUCCUUACUGUGUUUUUGAGAUUUUUGGAUGACUGAUGUAUCGAAAUCAGGGAUGGGAGGGCUUUUCAAGAUAGAUAGCUUAUUGCUCUUGUGAUGUCUGCUGGAGUAAUGUCAAAAUUUAAACUUUUAUGUUGAUUAUGUGUUGUGAAAUUUCUGCUCCAAUCAAAGUUGCCUACUUUUAUCAUUGCUUUGACCAUUCGAAAACGUUUCGAUGUGAAUUUCAUCUGUACUUGCAAACUUAUUGAUAAGAUGUUUGUUAUGAAGUAAUAGUGUGGUGCAUUGCUUUUCCAAAUCUUGUGGGGUUUAAGUAAUUCGAUUUGUGCACUUGAAGAAUAAAAAACUGGUAGCUAGAGUAGAGAGCCGGAGUAGAAAGAGAGAAGGGUGUGAGAUAUGGAACCAGUGGGGAUUUGUUGGAAAAAUAAAACAAAAAAUAAAAUAGGAUCCAAUUAAAAGUGAGGAUAUGUACUAUACAAUUAUCGGUUCUUGAAUUUAUAUAUAUUUUUUUAUAAAUCCCUGUGUGUAUAUUCGAUAUUUUAUUAUUUGACUGAUGACUAAGAGAUAUCUUUUAAAAUUAUAUAUUGACAUUACUGUAAGACCUUAAAUUUCAUGUAUAUGUUGGUGCAUGUCGUAUCACAUGAAUUUGGUAUGGUCUCUCCCCGCAAACCAUGACCAUGAGGAUGGCUAAUGUGAAUGUAAAAACUGGUGUUAUCUCUUGUACGUUUAUCUGAAUAUUUGAUGUACAUUUAGAUUAGGAAAAAUGGAUGGACUGGUGGCAGCAGUGCGGAUACUUAUUUACCAAAUUACAAGCUCGGAAAGACUCUUGGUAUUGGUUCUUUUGGAAAGGUUAAAAUUGCAGAGCAUGCAUUAACUGGACAUAAAGUUGCUAUCAAGAUCCUUAACCGCCGCAAGAUAAAGAACUUGGAAAUGGAAGAGAAAGUGAGAAGAGAAAUCAAAAUAUUGAGAUUGUUUAUGCAUCCUCACAUUAUACGGCUCUAUGAGGUCAUUGAAACACCAUCUGACAUUUAUGUCGUGAUGGAGUAUGUGAAGUCCGGGGAGCUCUUUGAUUAUAUAGUAGAGAAGGGUAGGCUGCAGGAAGAUGAAGCUCGUAACUUUUUUCAACAGAUAAUAUCUGGUGUAGAGUAUUGUCACAGGAAUAUGGUUGUUCAUAGAGAUUUAAAGCCAGAAAAUUUGCUCUUGGAUUCCAAAUGCAAUGUGAAAAUUGCUGAUUUUGGUCUGAGCAACGUAAUGCGUGAUGGCCAUUUUCUCAAGACAAGUUGUGGCAGCCCCAAUUAUGCUGCUCCAGAGGUUAUUUCUGGCAAGCUGUACGCUGGGCCUGAAGUGGAUGUGUGGAGUUGUGGUGUUAUACUAUAUGCUCUUCUUUGUGGCACGCUUCCAUUUGAUGAUGAAAAUAUUCCUAACUUGUUUAAGAAAAUAAAGGGUGGGAUAUACACUCUUCCUAGUCAUUUGUCACCUGGUGCAAGAGACUUGAUUCCAAGAAUGCUCGUAGUUGAUCCAAUGAAGCGAAUGACCAUCCCUGAGAUUCGUCAGCAUGCAUGGUUCCAGGCUCAUCUUCCUCGUUAUUUAGCUGUUUCUCCACCAGACACCAUGCAACAAGCAAAAAAGAUUGAUGAAGAAAUUCUUCAGGAGGUAGUUAAGAUGGGAUUUGACAGGAACCUUCUGGUUGAGUCGCUUCGUGGUAGAGUACAAAAUGAGGGAACAGUUGCAUACUAUUUGUUAUUGGACAACCGUUUCCGUGUAUCCAGUGGCUAUCUUGGAGCUGAAUUUCAGGAGACUGUGGAUUGUGGUUUCAAUCGUAUGCAGCAAAGUGAGACUGCUGCUUCACCUGUUGGGCACCGCCUUCCUGGAUAUAUGGAGUAUCAAGGAAUGGGUUUUAGACCACAGUUCCCUGUUGAAAGGAAAUGGGCUCUUGGACUUCAGUCUCGAGCACAUCCUCGUGAAAUAAUGACAGAAGUCCUUAAAGCUUUACAAGAAUUGCAGGUGUGUUGGAAGAAGAUAGGACACUACAACAUGAAGUGUAGGUGGGUUGCUGGCACUCCAGGUCAUAAUGAAGGCAUGAUCGACAAUUCUGUGCACAGUAACAAUUAUUUUGGAGAUGAAUCCAGCAUCAUCGAAAAUGAUGGUGUUAUGAGGAUGCCAAAUGUGGUCAAAUUUGAAGUACAGCUUUUUAAAACUCGGGAGGAGAAGUACCUGCUUGAUCUUCAAAGGGUCCAAGGUCCGCAGUUUCUCUUCUUGGAUCUUUGUGCCGCUUUCCUUGCCCAACUUCGCGUCCUUUAGCGGCAGAGAGCCAGGCCUUCAACAAGUCCCUUGUGAAUCUAUCAUGACGCUUGUGAAAAAACCUUGCCAUCACGACGCUUGUGAAAAAAACCUUGCAAUGUGUAUAUAUAACCUGUCCAGUUUGGGCUGCUUUACUUGUUUACGUCGCAUUCCCCAGUUUUAUACGGGUAAUCGUGUUGUUAUUGAGCCAGCAUACCACACUGGCCUUGGCCGAGUCAUUUCUAGUUUGGUAUUUGAAGUGGUCUGUCCUGAAUUUUCGUCGUUACGAACAAAUUUGUACGAAAGAACGAACUAACCUCCUUUGGAGAAAUGCUUUAAUGCAAACUUUCUGGGUUCGUAUCCUUGGACGACAAA